GUGGCGAAGGAGAUGAAGGGUCAGGGAGGCCCGCUGACGCUGGAGAGGUACCACCGGUUCUUCCUCGAUCCAUGGGAUACCCACAUCACCAUCGACAACCUCAACCACAUCCUCUCCAUGCACGGCUUCGUCAAGCUCCACCACGAGUACAAGGUAUACCCUGGCAUAGCGCAUCAACCAACUCACCGAUCCCCAAAACCUUCACUGGAUUUAAACCCCAACAGAUCCAUCCGUAUACAGUUUCUUCCUUGUUUUCCUUUCCAUCCACUGUUGUGUGACGGGCAUGGAGUUUUUCUUGCGAGGGGCUCCGAGCAGAGGAGGAUAAUGGACUACCUGGUCGGGGAGGUGGACCUGCUGCCGCCGCGCCGCUCCACGCUGCACCGCGCGGCGCUGUCUGCCGCGGCGCCUCCUUCCGCGUCCGUCAUUACCACGGCGCAGGCCAGGGCCGACGUCGAGGCGAUCGGGUGGGUGGAGUGCCCCAUCGGCUGCGUCACCGCGUUCGCCGCGCCAGUCGUGGACGCGCCGGAGCCGGUGGAGCGCGUGCCCUGCCCCGCCGACUUCGUCCUCGCCGGGCGCCGCCCGCGGUCUAAGCGGACGCGUAGCUCCGCCUACGACCGCAGUGACGCCGCCGCGUCCAAGAAGGUGAAGGUGGGCGCGUCCCAGAAAACAGCGAAGGUGAAGGUGAAAGAGGAGCGGGAGCUGUCGCCGCCGCCGCCGCCGCCGCGGUGGAUGCGGUCUCCUACUCCGCCUCCACCGCCUUCGCCGCCCCUGCCACAGGAUGUGGCGCCGCCUCAUCCACCACCGUGCCGGGUCCAGCCUACGUUGGCACCGCUCCCCGCACCACCACGCUGGGGCUCGCCAACGGUGCCGCCGCAUCCUCCGCAGCUGUUCUGGGGCUUGCCGCUGCCCAUAGUGCCAGCUACUCCUCCGUGCUCGGGAGCGCCGGUGCCGCUGCCAGGGCCACCACCGGGAUGGAGCUCACCGACGGUGUCUCCGUCUUACCCGGCACCGUUCUGGGGCGCGCCCAGUGUGCUACCGCCACCGCAUGUGCCCUGGGGCUGGCCGCCCACCGCCCCGCCGCACUGGGGCAACAUGAGGUCGCUAACCGCGCACCCGUCCAUGCACCUGCAGCAAGCACCACUCCCCGUGCAUUUCCAAGGGCAGCAGCCACCUCCUGCGCUGCUUUGAGCAGCUCAGGCCUGUGUGUUUGGAAACAGUUCUUUGAGUGCUCCGCUGGAGAGAUUUGAGACACAGGGACACUAGAUUGUAGUUCUGUUUGUGCUCCUUGAUUAGUAGUUUUACCACGCU